UCAGAUAAUGUUAUAUACUCUGGGUGUGCCAUUUUGUUGUAUGUCUAUAUUUCGCUGUGCCUAACAGAAGUCAAGUAAAGUUUUUAAUUUUGUUCAUAUAUAUUAAUUGACGAGCUGCUUACAUUGUAGAUACAUGACAUUCACUAAAGUUGUCAAAGCCAGCGCUGGUCGCAACUUGGCACCCACUUCGAAGUACACAUAGAGUAUUGAGUUGAGAAGCGGCGACAGUGAGCGGAUCGCAGUUUAUAUAGAGCGGCAGACAUGGAGGCAAACGCCGUCUCAACACAGCCGCUGACCCCAACCGCGCAGAGGAAUUUAACUGAUCCGAAUUUAGUUUCGGACGCUGAAAUUCCAACGCCGGAACGGGCGCUUUUGCACAAACUGGAGAUUGAAAAUAAAAGAAUCGCAGAGGACGCUAAAGCCCACUGUUUACCGAAGGCGGACAAAAUGCACAGUAGGAAAGGUUCUGAUACCUCCGUCAUAUCUGUUACCUCAGCGACGAGUAAUGAUUCGGAGACGCGUCCGACACCGGUUGAAGAGGAUUUGUGGUCCCUCUGGGGGAGGAUUGUGAUAAAUUGGGACUCUGAGUGCCGACGGAGGAGACACUUCAUCCGGGACCUCGUCCGACAAGGCGUACCGCAUCAUUUUCGAGGCAUGGUCUGGCAGCUGUUAGCGGGUGCAAAAACAUCCGACAAGUUGUAUUCCUCUUAUAUAAAGGAAAAAUCCGCGUGCGAGAAAAUGAUAAGACGAGAUAUUGCUAGAACAUACCCUGAACAUGAAUUCUUCAAGAAGAAAGACGGCCUCGGGCAAGAGUCGCUUUUUAAUGUGAUGAAAGCGUAUUCACUUCACGACAGAGAAGUAGGAUAUUGUCAGGGCUCCGGGUUCAUUGUAGGCCUCUUACUUAUGCAGAUGCCAGAAGAGGAAGCGUUUGCGGUUCUCGUAACGAUAAUGCAACAGCACAGAAUGAGGGAUAUGUUUAAGCCAAGUAUGGCUGAACUUGGUCUAUGUAUGUUCCAACUUGAGAACUUAGUGCAAGAGUUUUUACCUGAAUUGCAUUAUCAUUUUCAAUCACAGAGUUUCGCAACAUCGAUUUAUGCAAGUAGUUGGUUUUUAACAUUAUUUACGACGACAUUGUCUUUGCCACUUGCGUGUAGGAUAAUGGAUGUUUUUCUCUCCGAGGGUAUUGAAGUUGUAUUUAAAGUGGCCUUGGCGUUACUCACCCUUGGUAAAGAGGAACUACUCUCACUUGAUAUGGAAAAUAUAUUAAAAUACCUGCAGAAAGAAUUACCGGCGAAGGCGGACGCUAAUCAAGAUGAAUUUAUGAAAUUGGUCUUUUCAAUAACUGUGAACCAGAAGAAAAUGAAAAAACUAGAGAAAGAAUACACGGUUAUUAAGACCAAGGAACAAAGUGAUAUCGCAGUGCUUAGAUGCCUUCGAGAAGAGAAUAGAUUGUUAAAGCAGCGAGUAGAGUUGCAGGAGAAAGAAUGUUCUGCGCUCGCGGAGAGGCUGGUCAAAGGUCAAGUAGACCGCGCAGAAGGUGAAGAGGAAACUUACGCUUUAGAGAAGGAAGUCCAAGCAUUGCGAAGAGCAAACAUGGAUGCACAACAACGAUUAGCGGUCGCACAAGAUGAGAUACGAUCGUUAGAAAUGACUAUUGCUGAGAAAAAUUCCCGACAAUCGUCAUUGGAGGGGGUUGAAAAGAAUAAUGCGAAGGAAGAUGAAUUGGCUCGUUGUCUUCAACGGGAGCUUGUUAGAGCGAGACUGCAUGCUGCGGAAAGGGAGGCGGCAGAAAGAGAACUCCUAGAAAGAAUAACAUUACUGGAAAAUGAAAAUAAGAGUUUGAGAAAGCAACGAGUGGACAAUAAUGUCGCACAUCUGCAGGACGAGUUGAUAGCGGUGAAACUUCGUGAGGCGGAGGCGAAUCUUUCCCUCAAAGAACUUGGUCAACGCGUCACUGAAUUAUCUGAUGCAUGGAAACGACAUUUACAGGAGCAUCAGCAAGUGAUACCACCUCCGUCUCCGGUACAUUCUAAAGUGGUAUUAGAUAUAAUGGCAACACCGAAGAGAUUAUUACGUGCGUGGGAAGGAAGGUCUGCUGAAACUCAGAAAUUAGAAGAAGAACUCAUGUCUACUAAGAUACGUGAAGUUGAAGCACUAACAGAACUUAAAGAACUACGACUUAAGGUGAUGGAAUUAGAGGCUCAAGUGCAAGUUUCUACGAACCAAUUGAAGCGACAGGAUGAAGAGACUCGAUUACUAAGGGAUAGUCUCGACGCGGCUUUACAGCGGGAACGAGCACUUCAAGUACGACAGAAGGAGUUCCAACAUAAAUACUCUGAUUUAGAAAGCAAGGCGAAGUACGACUCAAUGCAAGCAAAUAUUAGAAACAUGGAGGACGCUCAAAGAAUAGCCGAAUUGGAGACAGAGGUGUCAGAAUAUAAAAUGAAGAAUGUAAUGAUGGCGACUGAAGGAGAAUUGAGAAUUAAUGCUGACGAUUCGGAGCGUGUUCGCGAAAUGCAAGAACAAAUCGCAGAAUUAAGAGCUGAGAUUAUGAGGUUAGAGGCGUGGAAGGCUCGCGCGCUUGGCCGGACGCAGAUAAGCCGCGCGGUCUCUCUAGAGGACGACCUCGAAGAGGAUGAUAAAUUGAAGCUAAUUCUGCGCCGCGAGUCCACCGCCUCUUUGGACCUCAUGCGUAAAACUACGUAGCACCAGCCAAACUCCGUCAUACGUACUCGAAUAUAUACUACGGGUCUGUGAACUAUUUACCGUAAUUAAUGCAGUUACAUUUGUACUAAAAUAUAUCGUACUCCCUUUUUGUCAGAGAAUGUAAAAGACAAUAUUGUGCGACAAAUGUCACUGCAGUAUUCUAUGGUAGGAGUAGAAUAUUAUUCGAAAUUCAAAUCCGUGUUCGUGUUCGAAAUUUGAAUUUCAAAUUCGAUUUGAAAAUUUAUAUUUUGAAUUUCGAAUUUGAGUUCCAAAUUUGAAUUACGGAAUUCGAAUUUGAUAAACGGAUGGAAUGAUUCGAAAUAUGAAUGAGCCAUUCAACGUAUUUGAAUCCUUCGAUUAUUCAAAGAAUUGAAUCAUUGAAUUUACUCGAUUGUAUCAAAUCAUUCGAUUUGUUCGAUAUUUAUAAAUCAACAAUGAUAUCUCCCGGUGAGUAUAAAAUAAACUAUGACAGCUCACUAGCACCUGUGAAUGAAAAAAAAUUGUCACAAUAUUUUAGUUGUAUUGUAUUUGGCAUAAAUUAUUUUAUAACAUGUUCUAUGUCGAAGAUAGCUACGUGUUCCACCGGGCCAGAUAUCUUUGUUAGACUAUAAGCAAAUUCACACACCUGUAGUAUCAAUUAAGUUUAUUUUUAAAAGAUUAUAUUUUUAUCGCAAAUUAUGUUUUAAAGAUAUUUUAGUAAUUUUUAUCUUUUCGUAUGAUUUUGAGACAUAACUGAAAUUUUUAGUUGUAGUUUUGUACAUCAGAACUGUUUAACCCCUUUUUUUCAUAUUUUUUUCACAUUUUUUGUCUUUAUCAGCAAAGUAUGAACUGUUAUAUCUCAAAAACAUAUCAAAAGAACGCAAUCGAAUUUCUUUUAAAUGAUUUACGAAACGAAGUAAGUUUAAGUAAGAAACUCUUCGAGUACUUUUGACGUUGUACCUCUCUUCAGUAUUUAGGGUAGGAUUUUUAUGACAAUGAUGACUGAAGGUAAACAUAGGAUAGUGUUAAAAAUUUAUAUAUUGAUCUCUGACAUUUCGCCUAAUUAAUUUAUUUGUUUUGCAUUUGACAUAAUCUUUGUAUAUAUGCAUUAAAAGACAUUUAAAACGAUUAGUAAAGCGUAAAUUCGAAAUUCUUGUAGAAAAUGUCAGUCCGUUGUCAAUUACUGAAUGAAGCAAUGUUUAGAAGACUAACAGCUUUUAUAGAAAUUAAUAUUUAAAUAUUUUAAGUAUAGCGAGACAUUAAAUUAAUGUAAUGGCGAAAACGAACUCUGCCGUUUUCAAUUUGUAUAAUCUAUGUGCGUUCGAAUCCUUUUGCAAAUAAAGCAAAUUAAAUAAAUCUUUUGAUGUAAAAAAAAUAUUACUAUCUAUAUCCUAAUUAUUGCAGUUUUAAUUG